AUGCAAAGCCCGGCAUACAGUGAUGCAAAAUUUAUAGAACUCAUAAAAAGACAACCCGCAGUAUGGUGCAAAGAUGAUUCGCUAUACAAUAAUCGAGUCGCGGACAAAACAAUCUGGAAUGAGAUCAGCAAUCUGCUAGAAACGGAUGUUCACGUUCUUAAGAAAAAGUGGCAUGCACUGCGCGGCCAAUACCGUAGAGAGAUUCGCAUGUACGCCGGUAAAUCCAAAUGGAAGCAUUUUAAACGAUUGAGUUUUCUUGCGGAAAGUUACAAGCUGCCAGAAUCACCAUUUGGUUCGCAAAACUUUGUUGAAGGCGAUCCCAUCAGCAUUCAGGCACCUUCGCUAGAAACAUCAAUCGAGCAGAAUUUGCCCAUGAAGGAGGAAACAUGCAAUUGGUCGUGCAACACAUCUGUGUCACCGAGAGUGGAGAAAAUUACGCCAAAAGUUCCGGUUGUAGAUAUAAGCAAUGAGAGUAAUUACUAUUUUGCACUCAGUCUAGUAGGUAUCUUAAAUUCUGUUCCCAAAGGAAAAGAAUUGGCUGCCCGCAUAGCUGUACUGAACGUGUUGAAAGAAUUCCAACCAACGCAUAGAGAAGAUAUGCAAGAUGUUUAG